CUAGACUGGCCCAGCUGUUACACUACACUAGCCUGAGUCAGGCAUUGUUUUCCAAGCCACUAUCCCCGAUCGGGCCAACGCAGCCUUCAAGGGGGAAUGUGACCAGGAGAAUAGCCCGCUGAGCCUUCCAAGAUGGACACCUUGUCUCUUUUUUUUUUUUUUUUUUUUUUUUUCUUUUUGGUUUGUUUCCUUUCAUACUUUCCCAUGUUGUCCACUCUCUACUGUCUCUAUCUAGAAACUACAAGUUAUUGCUUAUCUCUAGCGUUGUGUUUAUAUUUGUUAUUUUGGUUUGUUGUUUUUUGAUUAUUGUCCAACCCCCACCCCCCUCUCUCUUUUCUGCUACAGCUGCAGCUUGUGUGUGAUUGAAUUCUGUCCAGGUUGCUACGGCAUACCGGUGGGAUGUGUUUCACACAUGGGAUGCUAAGAGGAUCACUAACACUUGUUACUCUCUUGUCUCCUACUGCUGUUGACGUAGUGAGGGGCUAGUCAUACUAAAAUGAUGCAGCCAUUGGGGUUGUCUUGUGUUGCACACCUUUCCAACACUGCGAAAUGAUCGGUCCCCUCCCCCCACGGAAAAGCGCCCAUGCUUGAUAUCGUAUGGUUCAUGACCAAUAUGUUUCCAGUACAGGGAAGAUCCCAGAAGAGGCCAAGGCUUUGUCACUUUUGGCACCCGCCGCCCCAGUGCCCAGCCUGAUUCCUGGCGGGGGACUGCUACCUAUUCCAACUCCAGCUCCACUUCAAAAUCUGAACCUUCCCAUAGUGAAUCGGAUAUCACCUAGUGUCGACACAGCCACAGCCUCAGCCUCAUCGCACUCACAGCCGCCCCUCAUGGGAAAUGUAGACCCCUCUAAAAUCGAUGAGAUCAGGAGGACGGUCUACGUCGGCAACUUAAACUCACAGACGACCACCGCAGAGCAGCUGUUGGAGUUUUUCAAGCAGGUGGGAGAUGUAAAGUUUGUGCGGAUGGCCGGAGACGAAACCCAGCCGACACGCUUCGCCUUCGUAGAGUUUGUUGAACAAGACUCCGUCGCCAGAGCUCUGACGUUCAACGGAGUCAUGUUCGGAGACAGACCCCUCAAGGUUAAUCAUUCCAACAACGCCAUAGUAAAACCUCCAGAGCUGACACCACAGGCUGCUGCUAAGGAGCUAGAAAGUGUGAUGAAGAGAGUGAGGGAAGCCCAGUCUACCAUUGCUGCUGCCAUAGAACCAGAAACAAAGAAGCGUUCCUCCAGUCGAUCUAGAAGGUCGCGGCGGUCACGCUCGCGGUCACGUUCAGUUUCAAACUCAAAAACACGGAGGAAAAGGUCCCGUUCGAAACACAGACCGUCACAGAAGUCGUGGCCGAGGAGUGACUCCCACAGUUCCCGAAGUAACCACAAGAGGCGCUCACGAUCUAGAGACAAGAGACACAGCCGCAGUCGCUCCAAGGGCCACAAGAGGAGGAGUAAGGACAGGUCCAGGAGCCCUCGGAGGAAAGCCAGAUCACCCUCACCAAAAAAAAGUAAGAAAGACAAGAGGAGGGAGCGCAGCAGGGAAAGAAGAGACUUCUCCACAUCGAGGAAGAGGAGCCGCAAAGAUGAGGACAGGAUAAAGAUCAAGGCCAAGCCACUAAAGGUAGAAAGGGACUACAACAGGGAAGAAAAGGACGACUACGAAAGCGACAGAGAAGACUCGGCCACACCGAGCGAGGACAUGACGCCAUCGCCCUUCACCCAGCACAACGGCAGCUACAAACAUCACCACGACGAAGACACGUACGUGGGCGCCAACAGCACCAAGUGACUAUUAACGACGCCAUUGAAACGGGCCCCGUUCCAUCAGAUCUACUCAAACACUCAGCGUGUGUGCGUAUACGUGCAUUAUAACACCGGAUAAACUCUUACAGUAGCGUGUUGCCUCCAUCGUCUCCGGUUGAACAACAUGAUUUUUUAAAGAUUUCAUGUUAAAAACAAAAAGUACAUUCUUGAUUACAUAGAUCCUGUAAUUCAACAUUUUGUUUCAUGAUCCAACCUGAAGGGCAAGUGAGCAUCGGGUACAGCAGUUUCUUGCCACUACACGUCAGAUGAAGAUAUAUAGCAACGAUACAGUUUGUUACAAGGCUGUUUUAUUGCAUUUCAUUAUAUUAUACAGGUGCUAGUGUGUCCACCUCCUGUAUGUGUUCAUUGCUUUAAGAACACAAAUCACUCUAUUGUCUUUAUAUAGAUUUCAUUCUGCUUUUCGAUGUCCUUCAGAAACCAGCUGCACAGCUUCUCAAACUCAUUGUGUGUCACCACAUAAUCAUCUCUGUCUGCAUUCCCAAGACCUUCAGAGCUAUUUUAGAAAAAGUUAUAACGGCAGAGCUGGGCUGAAGUCCCACAGGAAGGGCAGAGUUAGUACUCGUUUCCCCAGCAAUUAGAUUUUUAACUGUAGGUUUGUGCCUGUCUUGGAUAUUUAAAUAAUUGUUUUUCAAUUCCUCCAGAAAGACAUCUUUACCAAAUACCUCUAAGAUUCUCAGUAUUUAUAUCAUACUGUAUGUGGCACCUAAUUUAAAAAAAAAAAGUUAUCUCAAUAUAGCAAAAUGCAGGAGCAGCUUGUAGUAUCAUAAAUUAUGCCUCAUCUGUUGGUGAGAUUGGAUUUUAAAAUGUUGGCUUUUGCCUUAGUUGCUAUCGUGGCUGCAAAUGUAAUUAUCAAUGAAUCGUUUUGUCUAUAAAAUAGCUGUCAUAAUUUGUUAGAGUUCAUGUGACGUAUUUAAAUGUGUUUGUUUUUAUUUGACCAACCGUCCAAAAUUCAAAGAUGUUCAGUUUAUGAUCAUGUAUGACACAGAAAAGCUUUAAAUCCUCAUAUUUGAGAAGCUACAACUAGCAAAGUUUUGCUAAAAACAAUGUCAAAAAACUAUUAUUAUGAUUGUUAAAAUAGUUCCAGAUUAAUUGUAAUUGUUUAAUCAACUAAUCACUGCAGUGCUAGUUUAUAUGCAGGGCCUUUCCACCAAAAAAAAAAAAGAAUCAGUGGUAACAAGUAAGCUUCUUAAAUGAGUCAGUAGUAACAUAAAGGUAAAAAGGAGAGACGGAAGUGAGAACGUACAUGUGCACAAAUAUGGCAGAAAGAACACAUAAAAGGCUUCAACUGGCCUGUCGCACUUCCUCAAGCAGAACUUAAUACAAAGCUGGUUCAGUAUUGCAGUUGAUUGUAACUUGACCUCAGUUUCCGUGGUAACUGACUUAAUUUUGUAACUUCUGAGUUACUACUUUAAUUUUACUCAAAUCAAAAGCUUCUUACCGUAUCACCUUUUCAUUCAUCUCAUAGCUUCUGUCCUCAGAGACAAAUAAGACACACACACAUAUUUUUAAUAACUAUAAUAUAAAUUAGACUAUUAUGUAACAUUAAUCUAUAAAUGUUGUGCUUAAUACUCGACAGCAGACCCAAAAGCAAAGGGAUUAGCUGGUAAACCAAUGUAAACAAGGUAAUGACCAACUAAUCCUGAGCUGAAAUAUUCUUUUUUUUUUUUUUUUUUUUUUUUAAAGUAGGAUAUUUCAUUUUAUGUGUUAUUUAUAGUACGACCCUAACUGAAACUUUGAAGAUGAAAUUGCUGCUUUGCUGCCCGAGGGUCUCCUGGGGUGUAACUGUUUUAGUCUUAGUGUGGCUUUGACUGCAACUUCCCAUAUUUAGUUUUCUUGCUCGCUGGGUGAACAGGAACUGUACACAACAUAUUUACUACAUUGACCUAGUAACAAAAUAUGGGCUUCUUUUUAGUGUAUAGAGGAUUUUUUGCUAAUGUGUUAAGUGCUCAUUUGCCCUUUUGUGAGGUGUUGAAAGAUAAUGUGAACUAGAGGGUCUGUGAAGUGCCCUUUCUCUCCUGUUUAGCACCAUGUUUCUCCAUUUUCUGGGAACUGGAGUUUCUCCCACAAACUAUACGCUGUUGAUUUUAUGACUUUCAAGUGCUGUACUUAAUGAAACUGCAGAAUUAAACAGUUUUCUGUAACCAUGUUGCUAAAAUACCAUAAACGGAUAAAUCUCCCAUUCAGUUGACAUGAAUACAUUGCUUUAUCUUCUUGUUUUUACUUAAUUGGUGUACAUUUACAUCCAGAGUGGGGUUGUUUUUGUUUUGUAUUUCUGAAUACUAGUAGUCGAAACAAGAUCAUAAUGUAUCAUGUUCCAUUUCCUGUUAUUGUUGUAAAAGCUGUGAGACAAAAAAAAAAAACUAUUUACUGUUUUAUAGAUAUAACACAAGCCUAUACUGUAAAAAUGAUGAUGUGCAGAAUGUCUGUUGGCUCAUAAUUGCUCGGGAAAGUGAAGCUCACGCCGGUACAAGACGACCGAGGCGGAGCGAGACGCCUCACAGGUCAACAAACAAAAAAACUGCUUUGCAAAGCACAGAAAGGUCAAAAAGUGCCUAGACUAAGAUUGUACAGAAUAUUCUACUAAAAUACGAAGACUUUGACAGAUUCAAACCUGAGUUUAUUGUUUAGGAAUAGCUGAAAUGAGAAAUGAGAUGUUAUAUUUAAAGUAUUGUCUGCUGUCUUUAGUGAUUAAUAGCAGAAUAGAGUCAACAUUCAUGAGACUUAAGUGGAUUUGUCCUCUUUUUUUUUCUGUCAAUUUUUGGUGUUAAAGCCAGUAUUGAGUAAUGUGUCAAAAAAAAAAAAACUUCAUACUGGCCCCCAGAUUGAGAUCAGUGUUUAUUUAAGUUUCUAUCAAAGUGUGUUAUAUUUUAAAAAGACAUUAAAACUUUAUGGCUGUCUUUGCCAAAUUCCACUGUUAUUAUUACUUUAUUGUGUUUUUUCUUUUCCUGCUUUUUUUUUUUUAAUCGUACACAAGGCUUCAGUUUGAAGUGGUGAACUUGUGAUAAAGUUUAGUACAAAAAGGCAUUUUUCAACUAAACUGACAGUAUGUGAAGAAUUUAAUUUUUUUUAUAUCCAUGUAUCCACUACAUACGUACUAUUAAAAACAUGUUUCACAGCUGGAUUAAAAAGCUUGAUGUCAGCAUUUUUGGGACUGGAUGUAAAGGUUUGGUAACACUGUUCUUGAAGAGCUUGAUGUACGUAUGUGAUCCUUUGCAGUUUGUAUCUAACAAUACAUCUGGUCUGUUUCCAAAAACACUCAAUAAAAAGAGACUUUUCAU